AGCUAGACUAUCGGCUAAUCCCAAAUCCGAUACAUAAGUUAAGGGGGAAUGGGUCGAGCCCACAUAUACAUUAACAGCCUCCCCCAAAUUGACGAGGAUCUCUCAUCAUCAAUUUGCGAGAAAGAUAGAAGCGGCGCGCAGCAGUGAACGACUUGGUUAAGAGAUUGGCUAUCUGGUUCUCCGAGGAAACAUAGAACAACCGAAGAAUGCCAUAUCGGACCAAGUCACGUAUAUAAUGCAAAUGGACUUCGAUGUGCUUAGUGCGCUCGUGGAGUACUGGAUUCGUAGCAAUCUGGAUGGCACUCGUGUUGUCAACAUAAAGCUGGAAAUGACUAGCACACUCUACACCCAAAUCCUCCAAGAGUCGACAAAGUCAUACUAGUUCAGAAGUGACAUCAGACAUAGCGCGGUACUUAGCUUCGGUAGAAGACUUAGAGACCCGAUCCUGCUUUUACAACGCCAUGAAAGAAAUGAUGCACCGAGGCGAACACACCACCCCAUAGUGGAGCGUCUAGUGUCAAUGCAACCUGCAUAGUCAGAAUCAAACAAUGUCUGAAGCUCAAAAGAACCCGUCGAUGGAAGGAAAAUGCCGACCUCCCUCGUGCCCUGUAAAUAACGUAAUAUGCGAUGAACCGCAGCCAAGUGAUCUGUACGGGGGGCAGACAUAAACUGACUGACAAUAUGAACUACUUAGGCGAUAUCCGGUCUCGUAGAAGUCUAGUAGAUAAGACUGUCGACCACACUCCGAUAGUACUUUCCCCCAUCAACCAAUAAAUCGCCAGACUCACGGCUAAGUUUCAAUUUAAGUUCCAUCGGAGUGGACACAGAGCUACACGAAUCAAACUGGGAAGACUCAAGAAGAUCAGUAAUAUACUUUGCUUGGCUAAGAAGAAUACCAGCCAAAGACCGCUUGACUUCCAGACCUAAGAAAUAUGAAACAAGACCGAGCUCCUUCAAGCUAAACGACUCGUGUAAGCCCUGCGUGAGAGCCGCAAUACCCAGAGCAUCAUCACCUGUCACUAUCAUAUCAUCAACAUAUAAGAUAAGCACAACGAGUCCCACGGAAGUCCGCCAAGUAAACAAGGAGGGAUCAUUAAGACUCUGCUCGAAACUAAGAGAUAAGAUAGUAGAGUGAAACUUAUCAAACCACGCCCGAGGUGCUUGCUUCAACCCAUAUAGUGAACGACGCAGAAGACAGACCCGAUAACCUGGUGGAUGUUCCAUAUAGACUGUUUCCUUGAGGUCGCCAUGCAGAAAAGCAUUCUUUACGUCCUCUGGUAAAGUGGCCACCCUCUACAUACCAUGUGCCGAAACUUGUUCCCAGUCUUGUUUUUGUGGGUCAACUUACUGAUCAAGGUUACUGUGUUACGUUUUCACCGUCUGGUUGUGUUGUUCAGGAUCAGAAGAUAGGGAGGGAGAUCGAUAGGGGCAGCAAGAAGGGGCAUAUUUUCUACCUCGGCCAGCUGCAGUCGCCAUCAUCAUCUGCGGCGUUUGCUCUUUCUGAGUCUAGAGAUCCUUAUGUGUUUUCGAGUCUACCUCUUGAUAAUUUUCAGUUAUGGCAUGCUAGGUUGGGCCACCCUAAUUCUAGUAGACUUAUGACCAUGUUUAAGCAAUAGUAGUUUGGCACCCAUGUUAAAGCACAAUGUUCGUCGGAUUUUUCAUGUACUAGUUGCAUUGAGGCUAAAACUACUCAGAUUUCCUUUCCUUCUAGUCUCGCGGUGAGCUAUGAUACUAUGUUAGACAAUACAAAAUAUCAAAUAGAAACGAUAAUGAACACAUAGAUUUACGUGGUUUCCCCGUUCAGUGUGAACGAGACUAUUCCACGGCCGAAGCUAUACGAUUCUCUUAUUCAGCUUAACUUCAGCAUACAGGUUACAUACGUAUAUAUAUGAGCUAGGGUCCUCAAACCCUAGCUAGCCUCUCGGCUAAUCCCAAACCCUCCAAACCUGAUACAUAAGUUAAGGGGGAAUGGGCAGAGCCCACAUAUACAUCAACAAUAAUAAGGAGAGAAAGUAGUCAUGAUACAUGUCACCGCCAAGCCACGACUUGGUUACGGCAAUGACGCAUAUCAGGGAUAGAAGAACUUCACAUCAUAGUCAUGGUUGCACAAUAUCUGGUCGUGAAGCUGCGGCACGAGGCGAAGAGUUUCACGGUCAAAAGAGAGGUGGUUGCAACCAGGAAGUAAAAAUCACGAUCGUGACAGAGAUCAAGACGAGCCAAAUCAAAAUGCCUCCAAAGGCCUUCGAAGCGACAUCGUACUACAGGUCACGACUCACGACCAAGGUCAAGCCAUGACCUAAUUGUUGAUGCAUGUUUUGAUGAUGGUCACGACUCUGAAUCAUGACUAAUCCUCAGGUCCUGCCUUGUAUCUGUGAUGUGAUCCAAAAUUCAGCAUAAAAGCCCCUACGUUUCACUUGAAAAAUGAGAAUCGACCUAAAGUGAGAAAUUCUAGUUUAAGGCAGUCCCUAGUGAGAGGAAACUCAUUGGAAGAGGUAAGAAAUGAAACUCAAGAGCCAAAGAGAAGGUUACGAAUCUAAGAGAAGUAUAUGACUUUAACCUUUGGUUAUCAUAUGUUUCUAGUUGCUUAGUAGAGAUAAAUUCGGGUGUCUAUACUGAUUUCGGUAUUUAAAUAUAAAUCUAGUUAUGAUUUUUAAUAUAUUUAUAUCUAUUGAUGUUUUAUCAUGUUCAUCCUUGUUUUGACCAAACUUUAGUGUGUUGUGGGCCUUGACCUAAGAGUGAGGAUCCCAAUUAGGUCGAGGUGAACACACAUCAAUAAAUGACUAUUAUCGAUUGCAUGACUAUUGAGUUGUUUAGUUGCUCUUACUUUGAGUGAAAACCUUUAAUUGACAAUCUAAACUUAAUGCUUUGAGUGUAUGCAUGUCCCUCGAUAAACUUAGCUGCAUCAAAGGGACUUUGAAUGCAUAACCAUUGAUUGAUGGCUAGCUUCGGACUGUAUGCAAUUCAGAAGAUUAAGAAUGGUUUUUUAUGGUUUGCAUCAAUCGCGUUUUAUUCUACAACUAGAUAUAAGUACAAAUAAAAGAGAUUGAACCAUUAUGUGUCUGUAUGAUUGGUAAAUUUUUUGAAAUUCAAUAACACAUGUAUGAGAGGACAAGUGGUUUACUCUCUAUCGCGAGAGGAAGAAACCUUUUCACAUAAGGAUAUUAGCUAUCUCAAAUAUUUCAUAAAUAAUAUUUGACUUUUUUUCACUUCGAGAAAGAUAUCAUGUAAAUUGUAUAGAACAAUUAUUUAAUCACCAUCUCAUAAACCUAUAUUGAGACCACAAUAAUAUUCUUGAAAAUGAAUUGUUCAAGUACAAAUUACUUAAGAUUAUUAAAACAGUGAAAAUAUAACUUUGAAUUACUAUUCAACAGAAAAACAACUUUGAAUUUACUUAAUCGAAUAGAUAAAAUGCAAAACUCGCCCCUUUUCUUUUCUCAAAAUUUUUAGCCUGACGCAAGUGCAAAAUCCACCCCCUUCACUCUAAAGUUAACCUAAAAAAAAGCAAAACUCAAGGCGGGGGACAAAGCUGGCAAAUAAUAAAUAUAUAUAGGCUCAGUUUGGCCCUGCGGUAGUUUUUGCAGAAGCAGCUUCUGGCUUGAGCUUUUAGAGAAGUACUUUUCAAAAAAAUCAGUUGAAUGUUUGACUAAAAAACUAUUAAAAGUGUUUUUUAAUA